UUGGCUGGCCGUGAUUACCGGCACGCUUCUCUGUGCGGGGCGAGCAAACACCGCAGGCGUCAUUAUGUUAAUGAGCAGCUCCCGCGGCACGGGGCAGACCUGCCGCAGCAUUCAUCCUCCUCAUCCUGCGCUCUGAUGCCAGUGUAGGGGGGGUCACAGGGGGGGUACAGGAGCAGGGGGCCGGUCAUUGUCCCUCCACAGUAUAUAAGCGGACUGAGGCCGGUCGUGUGCCAGGCUCACCGGCUCGCACGAGCUGAUCCAGAGCAAAGAGACGCAAAGAGACGCGUGCCGAUCCUCCUGCACCAAACGCUCCGGUCCUGUUGGAUCCGUGCUCAGAAAACUUCAGCUGACUUCAGAUAAACCCGCACCCUGCUCUCCAGCAUGGACUCCGUCUACUCCGACAUCGACAGCAAUAGCUGCGACUUCUUCCCGCACACCGACGACGAGGACUCCCGCGGCAGCCUGCGCUCCGCCUCCCCGGACUCCUCUCCUCUCUGCCCCUCGCCCUCCCCGGAGCCCGAGCAGCAGCUGCAGCAGCAGAAGAAGCGGCGCCGCGGCCGCGGCCGCAGCGAAGCCACCGUGCAGGUGGUGAAGAAGAACCGGCGCUUGAAGGCCAACGACCGGGAGAGGAACCGCAUGCACAACCUGAACGACGCGCUGGACGCGCUGCGCGGCGUGCUGCCGGCCUUCCCGGACGAGACCAAACUCACCAAGAUCGAGACUCUGCGCUUUGCGCACAACUACAUCUGGGCGCUGUCAGAGACCAUCCGCAUCGCCGACCUGCAGGCGGGAAAGACCGGCGACGCUGCGCUACUGCUCAGCCCCGCGUGCCUCGGCGGAGCCCCGAGCCCCGGCAGCGACGCCUGCUCCUGGAGCUCCAGCGGCUCCUCGUCCUCCUCCUCCCCGGCUUACAGCGCCUCCAGCCCGGGCAGCCCCUCCGCACCGGAGGACUGCGGCUACCUGCAGCAGGACGCGCUGUACGGCUUCCGCGGCUUCGUGCCGGGCAUCUACUGACCACCUGCCCCCCCGGAGGAGCCCCCCCCACCAGCCCGGACUCACAGACCAGAGAAAUGUAGAGACAUUUAACGGACAGAGCGGGACAGACGGACAGUCCGCUCUCUGAUGGAAUAAGACUGAGAAUCACUGUUUGCCUUACUGAGCUCAUUUACUGUCCUCUUCACGUGUCUCUGCUGACGGACUGUAAAUGAGAAUAACUUAAUUUGUUCUUUAUUUAGUUCCUUUUUAUUUUCUAUAUUUCUCCAAAAACCUUUGCACUUUUUCCCGCCACCCCCCCGCUCAGCAGUCUGCAGGUUACAGUCAGGUUUUUACAGAGCAGUUUUUUUUUUUAUCUCGGAGGUGAAAAGUCAAUUUUACAAUUUGUAGAGUGAUAAAGCAGAAAAGAGAGCGUGGAAAUCGAGUUUCAACGCUCUGACAAUAGAAUGAAUGGAGCUGCCCUCAUUCAUUAUGUAUUCUGCC